AUGGAUAGUGAAAUAAAGAGAACAGUAGCAAAGAUACCAUUGUUAUCGAUUAAAGCUGGACCAAGAGAUGGUGAUAAAUGGAUUGAAAGAUUGAAAGAGGAAUAUACAGCUCUCAUCACUUAUUUAGAAAAUAACAAACAAGCAGAUAAUGAUUGGUUUACUAUUGAAUCGAAUCCAUUGGGUACAAGAUGGACAGGAAAAUGUUGGUAUAUCUAUGAAUUUAGAAAAUAUGAAUUCGACUUUGAAUUUGAUACACCAAUUACAUAUCCAGAUACAUCACCUGAAAUUGCUAUACCAGAAUUAGAGAAUAGAACUGAAAAGAUGUAUAGAGGUGGAAAGAUUUGUUUGACUGUUCAUUUUAAGCCGCUCUGGGCUAAAAAUACUCCUCAUUUUGGUAUUGCCCAUGCUUUAGCUUUAGGUCUUGCUCCAUGGUUAGCUUCAGAAAUACCAAAUUUAGUUGAUAACAAGAUGAUUAGACAUAAUGAAGAUAAAUAA